GCCCAGCGGCUGCCGCGCGUGUCGCGCGCAGCGCCGGGCGGCUGCUCGGUUUGUCUGUUGUGUUGGCAGGCGGGUCAGGGUGAAUGCAUCCAAGGGUGAUGGCGCGGCCGUUGCGCCGCUUAGGUACGUGCUUGCCGCACCUGCUUCAAUUAUGGGGCCGUGCCAGCAACAGCAUGGCCUAUUGGGAUUCCGGGCAGCGAGGCGCGCGCCGCCAGUCGCCUGCCCUGCCUGCCAGCCUGGUUGUGGCCGGCGUGUUGCCAUCACCCACUGCCGAUCGAUGCUUGUCAUCUAUGAGUGCCACUCCUUGCUAGUGAGCUUUGCCUCAUCCUCGUUUGUGGGUUCCCCCCGGCGUUCGUUUUCGUAUCGCAUUUUCUUCGGGCCGAG